UAAUCCUUAGCAAUUAUAGAGAGUACAAUAACUUAGUUUUGUCUAUAAUAAUGUAACACUACUUUGGCUAUUUAAGCCAUUAGCUUCUUGGCCAGUUUCAAGUACACGAACAAGCUCGAAACAUCAGAGCCUUGCUUAGCUUAUUCUAGUGUACUUACUGAAGAGAAAAAUGGCUCAGCUUCACAGAAAUGAAGGGCAAAUAGAGCUUAAUUGUGAAGCUGAAAAAUUCUUUGAUAUUUGGGCUCAUAAAAUGUACCUUAUUUCAAAUAUGAGCCCUGAUAAAAUUCAGAAAUCUGUGUUAAAUGAAGGAGAGUGGGAUAAGGUUGGUGCUGUCAUCACUGGGAGUUAUGUUAUCAAUGAAACUGGUGAACGAGCAACCCUAAAGGCAAGAAUUGAUGAGAUAGACGAAAAGAAUAUGACCGUGAAAUAUAGUUAUCAUGAUGGGUUCAUCAUGGUGAGCUACUACAAGAGCUUCACCGCCACAAUGCAAGCAACUCCGAAGAGUGGUAAUAAGGGUUGCACUGUCAAGUGGUGCUUCGAAUAUGAGAAGAUGAAUGAUGAUGCACCUAAUGCUAAUAUUUACCUUGAGUUCAUGCUUUCCAUGGCAAAUGAUAUGGAUGCUCAUCUAUGUAGGAUUUGAUCAUAUAUAUAUAUA